GUUACAUGAAAGCAACAUCAGGCAUAAUAUCGGGCUGUGUAUGGCAUAUGAAGAUGCCUUAUCUUGUGCCAGACCAUUGGUCCAUCUAGAGAGAUACAUCUAAAAGCGUUGCAUACAUUAUAAAUGUGAUAAAUGAGACCACUAUUCCCAUGACAUUGUUCCAAAGGAGAAAGACCCGUGGAUCUGGACGGAGCCAGCGGCCCAGAGGCUCAGGUUGCUGCUCCCUCCCAGCUCUCCUUCUCCUGCUACAAGGAGCCCGGCCUGCAGGGAGCGGGCGCGCCAGACGGUCCCGGGACCUGCUGGGAAACUACAGCAGGAGCAAGCGCAAAAACUUUGCCGCCGAGCGAGCUCUGCGCGGAGCCCAACCUCGCUCCAAGUGCCGCUUCCAGAGGAGAAACCUGCCGACCGGAGCACAGAGCAAACGAGCCGGCCUGAAGUUGCCUUGCUUUCGGGAGUCGUCGGGGGCGCCACAACCCCGCAUCCGGCACCCCCUCCAGGAAAGGGUCGCUAUGCGCCUUCUGAUGCCGCCGGGGAGCCUCCUCUCCCUUUGGGCGGCCCUGCUGGUGUACCUCAAGGCAGCGCGCUGCCAGCAAGCUCUAGAAUGUCAUCCUGAUGGUCAUCAGAUCCUCCAUAGUCCAUACCGCAGUGUUGAUUUUGAUUCAUCACAGCUUCAGCAAUCAGCUAUUCAGGACUUAAUAUGUGACCAUUCACUGACAUCAGGAUGGUACCGAUUCCUGAUUUUCAAUAAACGGGCAGAAAUGCCAACCAAGUGCGUGGAGAUGAAUCACUGUGGAACACAGGCUCCAGUGUGGUUGUCCCUGAGGGAGUCAGAAUCCAUGCCUCAGCCUGGAGAGCUCAAACACUUAACAGCCUGCGCAACCUGGCAGUUCUUCUUCAGCACUGCAAAAGACUGCUGCCUUUUCCGAAUUCCUGUCAGUGUGAGAAAUUGUGGCGAUUUCUUUGUAUACUUACUCCAACCCACACAGGGGUGCAUGGGAUAUUGUGCAGAAGUUAUUUCAGAUGCAAAAUCACACGUCUGCCAACCUGGGGAUACUCAGACUGAAACUGCCUGUAGCAGUAAAUUGCCUCCUUCACCACUGCCACUUCCUUUACCGCCCCAUCCAAGCACACCUGAAAUUAUGGCAGAGUUACUUGAAGGCAGCAUUUUCUUAAGGUGCACCUUUGAUGUUCGUACCACAAACAUUUCAGUGGGCUUUAUUGUGGCUUGGUCCAGACUGUCUCCUGAAGGAAUCAAAGAAGAACUGAGACAAGAGACAACUGUUCAGGCAUUCUCUCUUUUGGAACUGGAUGGUAUAAACCUCAGACUCGGAGAUAGGAUUUACUGUAGCAGUUCUGCCUUUUUGUUAGAGAAACCAGAAAUUCAAAGCUUACUCGUCGAGAGCGUGGAAUUUUUUGCAGGAAUUAAGCUGCAUCCUGAGGCAUUUACUAUAUCAGAAGAUGGAAAGGAAUACAGACUGACAAUAGAGAGCAAAAUUCCCAUUCCUUGUCCUCAAGCUAGUCAACUGGAAAAUGAUUGCAAAAUCUCAUUAACAUUAAACACGAUAGAGGAAGGUAAAGAUCAGCAGAGUUUAAACUUGGCCCUUUCUUCUUGUCAUGUGGACCUUCUUCAGCAUCCCUGCCAUAAUGGAACCUGUGGCCAGGCCACUGUUCGUUUUACUGCUGUGGCCGAUUUCACUGACGACGGAGACCAAGUAGUCAAGAUUGUAGCAGAACCAAUCAUUAGCAACAGCUUCCUGUGGGACACUUAUAUGCCGGAAAGCAUUCAGGUUACUGUGAAGGAUCUCCCCUCUGCUUAUUGCUACUCUUUUACCGACCCACAUAUCAUUACAUUUGAUGGCAGGAUGUAUGACAAUUUUAAAACAGGAACAUUUGUGCUGUAUAGAAGUACUUCCCGUGAUUUUGAAGUGCAUGUGCGCCAGUGGGACUGUGGAAGCCUUUAUUAUCCAGCAUCAUGUAACUGUGGUUUUGUUGCCAGAGAAGGCAUGGAUAUAAUAGCAUUUGACAUGUGCAGUGGCCAGCUACGUGACUCACAGCCGCACUUAUCUGUAAAGAGCAGAGACUCCGCAGACAGCCGUGUCAGGAUCACUGAAUCUUACUUAGGAAGAAAAGUCACAAUCUUAUUUUCUUCUGGAGCUUUCAUUCGAGCCGAUGUGAGUGAAUGGGGAAUGAGUUUGACGCUCAGAGCCCCCAGUUCAGAUUAUAAACACACAUUGGGACUUUGUGGAACAUUUGAUGGCAAUGCAGAGAAUGAUUUCCAUGAUGUGGAUGGAACUGAAAUUGCCAGGGGAGCUGAUGCAUAUCUGUCUUUCAUUAGUGAAUGGAGGAUUUCUCCAGGAGAAAGCCUCUUUGACAAAACACCAGCUCCUUCAACUUCAGCCAAGAAAAUACUUUUCUGUAGUUGCAAUGCUGGUGAUGUGGGAGCAGAUCAGCCUAUGAAUAAACUGAACUCUCUUUCAGAGGCACAAUCCUCUUUGACUUGCAAAAGAAGUGAACCACAUGCUUGGCUUCCUUCUUUGAUCCCUGGGCUGGAUGUUACUGCUGAGUAUAUUAGCUCAGUUGAUCAUAUCAGGGGCCUAAGCAAGCGUGCCUCUGUACUUGAAGAGGAUUCUUUUGCUCUUCUCUCUGGAGAGAGACACUCUGUGAAUCAAACAGCUCUUCAAACAAUAUCCCCAGGACAGAUGGCUAUCUUUCCAAACUCAAAAGCAAGCACUACAAGAGAUAAACAAGCUGUUGGGAUCUUGGGAGCCGACAGUUAUGAUGAUGUGUAUGGCAGUCAGCAGCGUCCCAGAAGACAUUCUGUCAGAAAGCGUCAAAAGCGCCAACAUUAUUAUGAGUACCUUCCUGUGUAUCCAUCCCAGGGUCUGAGCCAAUUGGAUCUGGAUGGAUUUAGCUAUUUUUUCCCAGAAGAUCACACAGCUGACCCACACCAGGAGCCUCUAUCCUCGUGGCCCACGCCUUCUGGCCUCACUGAGUCCUAUGCGUUGGAUCUGUGCCAGGAGACAGUAGCAAAUUCCAGCAUCGGGAGAGCUUGUAAGGACCUCCUUGGCCAACGGGUGGAGGACGCAAUACAUAUGUGUGUGAAAGACCUGCAACUGAAGGACGAUGUUGGCUGGGCAAAGGCAGGUUUGGCCUUGUUGGAAAACGAGUGUGAAAAGAGAGUUUCAGAAGAGAUUCAUGGCAACACUGAAGAAAAUGAGGGCUUAAUUGAGGACUUGCUCCUAGCAUUGAGGUGUCCCAACCUCUGCAGCAGGAAAGGUCAAUGUGUGGAAUGGGGCUGUGCUUGUUUUCAAGGCUUCAGCUCUUACGACUGCAGUUUGUCAUCCGAUCAGGUUCCAGAAAUUAUAGAGCUCGAUAAUGGAGGAUUGUGUGAUGUCCGACAGUAUGACUGCACAACUGUACGAGCUUUUGGCCACGGAUUCAGGGAAUUGCCAGAUCUCAGAUGUGUAAUUAACAAAUUGCAGUACAAUGAUAACAAAUGGGUUCUUGGGGAAUCUGUAUUCAUCCAUGCUGCCUUCCACAACAGCAAGACUGUUGAUUGCCAGCUUCCUACUGAAGGAUCCCCGUCAGAUGCUAUGGAUGAGAUAGAUGACAAACCCAUUUCAAGGUGGCAGAUCAAGAUUUCUAAUGAUGGACUGACUUAUAGCAACCCUAAAACAGUGACUUUGUUUGAUGGAGCUUGUCAGAUAUGUGAUCCACAGUUGGAUGGAUUAUGCAGGUUAAAGGAGAAAACGUGCACCAUAGAUGGUCUGUGUUACGGCGAAGGCGACACAAAUCCUAACAGUCCCUGCUUACUCUGCAGACCUGAGAUAUCAAAGCUAACUUGGUCAAUUGCUCAAAACAACCAGCCUCCUAUCUUUCCAAACUUGCAAGAAAGGCUGCAAACAUUUUACGGGGAGAAUUUUGUGUAUCAGUUCACAGCAGCAGAUCCAGAAGGUUCUGCCAUUGCCUUUUCACUGAGUGCUGGUCCCCCUGGUGCCAGCCUCUCUCCUGCUGGACUCCUGAUAUGGAAGGCAGUGUCCCCAAAUACCCAGAAAUUUACCUUUUCUGUGAUGGAUGACUGCAAUGCUGAAGUCAAAGUUGUAAUAGAGGUCAGUGUGAAACCAUGUGACUGUUUAAAUGGCGGUUCUUGUGUGACAGAUAUCAAUUUCCCACCUGGAAGUGGGAAAUACCUCUGUGUCUGCUUGCUAGGAUUUGAAGGUGACCUUUGUCAAGUGAACAUUGAUGACUGCGCAUCCAACCCCUGUGGCCUCGGCAGAUGCUUUGAUGGAAUAAGUAGCUUCUACUGUGAAUGCACACCUGGGCUGCAGGGUAGAUAUUGCCAAGAAGAUAUUGGUGAAUGUAAAUCCAGCCCCUGCUUCCCUGGAGUGGUCUGCUUCAAUACUGUUGAUUCCUAUUAUUGUGGUCCUUGUCCAGAAGGCUUAUAUGGAGAUGGGAAAAUGUGCUAUGCUGAAAUGCAAUCCACAAGCAAGCGCCCUUAUCAUCCUUUGUUUCCAGAAGAUGACCAUGAAGAAAAUGGAACAAAAAUUGGUGGAAUCUUUAAUAUUGAUCAAGGAUACAGAAUUUCUGAUGCCCAUACUGAUCAAAAUGUUUCUGGUUUCCUACAGCGUUCAACUGCUAAAGUUUCAGACACCACAAGCUUUCCUUCUAGUCCUAUAGAUGGUCCCAAAGGUGUUAUUCAUGCAGAAAUAGCCAACAGCACUCCAUCAACGUCUCCAGCCAAAACAACUGUAUCUUCAAAGCUACUCAUCUCACAGAGAACAGCUUUUAGAAAACCUAUUAGUAGUGGAUACCCUGAUUACGCAUUUGGUGUCAAUACUGUAAACAUCCAUUCUGGUGAGGCAAGGAAGAGCUCUGCAAUAAAUUCCACACUGGACACAUCAUUUAAGAAUAACACAAUAUCUCCUGGGAAGACAACUACGAUGCAUUACCAGACCUAUUCUCCCCUAGAGGCCAACAUAACACUAAGCAGUAAAACAAACAGAAUCAAUAGGACACUACUAACAAACGAAGGAAGGGGUGAUGGAAAAUUUCAGAGCCAAUUUGACAAGCGUAAAGAUAAUGCUUUACAAUCUACCUUUGAGAGAUUAUCUGUGCCAACCAAAGAAUUCGGAAAAGAUCAAAAAUCAGACAUAGCAGUCCCACGGCUAGUAACCUGUGCCAAUUCACCCUGUUUUUCUGGGGUUCCUUGUGAACCAAAUGAAGAGGGAAGCUUCAGGUGCGGUCGUUGUCCUUUUGGUUAUUAUGGAGAUGGUAUCAUUUGUCGAGCGAUAUGCAGGCAUACAUGUGGUAAAACCAUGGAAUGUGUGGCACCCAAUACCUGUAGAUGUAAGCCUGGGUACUCUGGACGGAGCUGUCAGGCUGCUGUGUGUCGACCAGAUUGCAAAAACCAUGGGAAAUGCAUCAGACCUAAUGUAUGUGAAUGUCUCCCAGGAUUCAGUGGUUCUAUCUGCGAUCAAGUACAUUGUGAUCCACCUUGCCAACAUGGGGGGACGUGUUUGACUAGAAACCUUUGCACUUGUCCAUAUGGUUUUGUGGGUCCACGGUGUGAAACAAUGGUUUGCAACAGGCACUGUGAAAAUGGCGGUGAAUGUCUUACCCCAGAUGUUUGCCAGUGCAGAGCUGGCUGGUAUGGACCCACAUGUAGUACAGCGGUCUGUGACCCAGUCUGCCUGAAUGGUGGAUUCUGUAUUAAGCCAAAUAUUUGCCUUUGUCCGAAUGGAUUUUUUGGUGCUAAAUGUCAGAAUGCCAUCUGCAGCCCUCCCUGUAAGAAUGGUGGUCACUGUAUGAGAAAUAAUGUUUGUACCUGUCCAGAGGGCUACAUCGGCAGAAGAUGUGAAAAAAGUAUCUGUGACCCAGUGUGCAUGAACGGAGGCAGAUGCGUGGGCCCAAACGUUUGCUCUUGCUCAUCGGGAUGGAGAGGGAAAAGAUGCAACACUCCUAUAUGCCUUCAGAAGUGCAAGAACGGAGGAGAAUGUAUUGGACCAAGUACUUGCCAUUGUCCUCCAGGGUGGGAAGGAGUCCAGUGUCAAACACCUCUGUGCAGCCAAAAAUGUCUCUAUGGAGGUACAUGUAUACGGCCUAAUGUGUGCGCCUGUCGUCCUGGCUACACUGGAGUCAUUUGUGGGGGGAAAGUGCAGGUACGACGUCGUGCUUGAAGCGCAAAUAUCUGGACCACAUAAUUAUGCUGCCUGGACUACAAGGUUCUUGGAUGUAGAGGGGUUCUCUGAAGGCACCAUUACUUAAAGGGCACAAUUCCAUCCCUUCCGAGUGCAGAGUACAGAGAUGCUCCACAUAGGCACAUAUUGCAGUUCUUCCCUUCCCUACCAUGCUGGCCGGAUAUAGGGCACAACCCAGGCAUUCUUCAGCCUGCCCAACCAUUGACAUUAAGCAGAACCUCUCCUGAAGCUCACUUAUAAGCAUCCAGUGGCUUGUUCCUCCCUAGAUUCACGCUACACUGACUCUUUGCAACAGGAGCAGUGUAGCAUCACAUGCAAGAGUCCAGGGAAACUGAGCUGUUGAAUGCUUCUAGGUGAGGUGCAGGUGGGCCUUUAGCUUAUUAUGAAUGGCUGAGUGGGUUGCAGAGUGUACAAGGUCUGACGGGUGGGGAAUAGAAGGUCCACAGCAAGUUCUUUUGCAAGGCCUACCACACCCUCACCUCCCCCCAACUCUGGGCCAGCAGAAGGGGGUGGAUCACUUCCAGAGUUUGUUACUGUAUUUACCCAAAUAGAAGUUGACCCAGAAUUUAAGAUGACACACACACACACCUUUAAAAUGGAGGUUAAAUACAGGUUAUACCUGUAUUUACCCAAAAGGAACAGCCCUCUGAAUUUUAAGACAACUCCCCAGUUUCCAAUAUCAAAGAACCAGGAGAAAAACUAGUCUUGGGUUCAGGUAAAUACAGUAAAACAAAGGAACCAAUAACAUCCCAGUGUUAUUUAAAAACCAAGGAGAUUAAUUUUUGCAGAACUGUGGUAGCUGAAAUACUAACAACCAAAGCCAAGUACAUCACAAUAUGUCUUUGAUUUAUUUUUCUUGCUACCUCAGAGCUAGAAACCAAAGCUUUUUAAUUUUUAAUUUUUAUAUUGAACUUUCGAGACAGAGGAUUCAUAUUCCUGAUCUAUAUUUAGAUGGUGAUAAGGGAAGAUUUAGAAAAGAAGCCAGCACAUGAUAUGGUUUGGGAUCCUUUCUUGUAAGUCGUCAGGUGUCUCUCAUAGUUGAAGCAUGGAAUGUGAUACCUGUAUGGCUUGCAAAUGAUGCAUUGUUGCCUCUUAACCAAUCUGUUUAUUAUAACAGUUGGGGAAAGCGUUGGAUCCUACCCCUCAGUCCAAAAGUCAUCUGAAUUUCAAACUCUGAAGCAGUUAGGCGUUUACUUAUGUAUAACAUGCCCACAUCAUAAAUCUGCACUGUGAGCAAGUAGAAUUCCAUAAAUGUAAGCAAUGGACUUUUUUUGCUGAGGCUGGAAAUUAAAGAUGAAACAA